GGUGGGCCUAAUUCGCGCGGGGCCACCUCUCGCGGGAUAGCGAGUGGCGUCUCGCCCCACCUCCACUUCGCAUGCUCCAGGUCGCUUCAAUUAAGGGCGCCAUGGGUCGUGGCGGGCCACCUUAUUGCAUGGUUGUAUAUGGCCACCGUCCACCUUGCUCACUAUCCCGUGCGCCCCGUGAGGGUUCCGUUCUAUCCGGGCGGCUCCCAGCACUGUACUGACACGCACCAGUGAUUGACAGGCUGAGCGGCCGCAGAGCGCGCAGGCGUAGUUGCCCGGGCUGCGCUUCCGGAACGGUGCGGUGGGACUCUUUUGGCGCCGGCAACGGCGCGAGUGGGGACGGCGGCCGGUAAGGCGCGGUUUUCGUUCCGCGUUCCGGAUCCCGGCGGCGCCAUGCGCUUUAACGAGAAGGAGCUGCAGGCGCUCUCCCGGCAGCCGGCCGAGAUGGCGGCUGAGCUGGGCAUGAGGGGCCCGAAAAAAGGAAGCGUGGUGAAGCGGAGGCUGGUGAAGCUGGUGGUCAACUUCCUCUUCUACUUCCGGACGGACGAGGCAGAGCCCGUCGGAGCCCUGCUGCUGGAACACUGCAGAGUCACCCAGGAAGAGCCCAGCGGUUUCUCCAUCAGCUUCCUAGAGGACCCAGAGAGGAAGUACCACUUUGAGUGCUGCAGCGAGGAGCAGUGUCAGGAGUGGAUGGCCGCCCUGCGCCGAGCCAGUUACGAAUUCAUGCGAAGGAGCCUCAUCUUCUACAGGAACGAGAUCCAGAAGGUGACUGGCAAGGACCCCCUGGAGCAGUUCGGCAUAUCGGAGGAGGCCAGGUUCCAGUUGAGCGGCCUGAAGGCUUGAGUCCCGGCUGGGGAUCGUCACCUUUUCUCCUGGGGCCUGAACAAAUGCCCCCACCCUGCUGGGCCAUGGGUUUCCUAGCCAGGCUCCGGUUUGCUGUGGGAGGUGUCUUGACUUAAAGACUUCAAAAGCCCAAAGCUGGUCAGGGCAGGUAGGGGCUGCCUUUUUGGAGAAACAAUCCAGCAAGCCUCCUUGGGGUGCACUGGGACCUACUGGACUGAUUUGGCAUCCUAGUGCCAUGUGUUGCUUCCAGGGGAUGAGUGUCCACUCCCAGGAGCUGUGCCUGGGCACCCAAGGCUGGCGUGCUCUCCUGCGCUAUGCAGGCUGAAUGUAUAAAAUUAGAUUAUGCUGUGAAGGGCAUGGGGCUGCAUUGGGGCCACUGUGAAUUCUCUUGCUGAAAGGGCAGGCCUUGGCCGGACGCCUGUGGGCAGAGCUGGAAGAUUUGCCCUUGGGAUGGCCAGUUUGUUCUGUUUAAAUAAAGGUACCUCUUUUCCACA